UUUCUUUUGCCUUCAAAUUUCUACUAACAUUUGGUAUUCAGACUGAAGCUCUUGACGAACUACUACUAUCAUGUCUAAGGAAGAAACAGGAGCGGGUACUACAGAGGCCACCAAAGAUAACAACAUAAGGAAGGCCGAAGAGAAGCCCAAGAAGCAGCUGAACGAUCCACGCUUCCGCAUCCGACCGCUGCAGCAGGUGGUCUCCGCCUGCACGGGUGCCAUGAUUACGGCCCUCUUCAUGACGCCGCUGGACGUGCUAAAGACGCGCAUGCAGAUGCAGCAGUCGCCCUCGAACAAGUCCUUCUUCUACAGCAACGGCCUGAUGGAUCACCUCUUGCCCUCCCGCCCCGAUGGGCCACAGCAGACGCCGAAGCUGUUGUUCACCAACUCCUUUGACGCCUUGUUCAAGAUCAGUCGGAACGAGGGACUCAGUGCUUUGUGGUCGGGCCUGGGACCCACUCUAAUAUCGGCAUUGCCCUCGACCAUCAUCUACUUUGUGGCCUACGAGCAGUUCAAGGCAAGGUACAUCAACAUCCAUGAGAAGUACUUCAAGAGGACCAUCGAUCUGGAGACGAUGUCCUCCUUUAAGCCAGGGGAACAGCCAUUACCUGUGGUAGUGCCCAUGCUUUCCGGUGUGACGGCACGGGUCUGUGCCGUGACUGUCAUCAGUCCCAUCGAGCUGGUGCGCACCAAGAUGCAGGCCCAUCCCAUGAGCUAUAUCCAGAUGUUUGGCUUCGUGAGGAACGUGGUGGCCUUGCAGGGAUUCUGGGGACUCUGGCGAGGACUACCACCCACAAUACUCAGAGAUGUGCCCUUCUCUGGCAUCUAUUGGCCUAUCUACGAGCACACGAAGCGGCGUUUUGGCAGCAGCACGCAGCCCUCCUUCGGUCUGAGCUUCGUGUCUGGAGUGCUGGCGGGAUCAGUGGCUGCUCUGGUCACCACGCCCUUUGAUGUGGUGAAGACCCACGAACAGAUCGAGUUUGGGGACCGUGUGAUCUUCACGAACUCACCAGCGAAGGAGAUGCAAAAGCGAUCCACCUUUGGCUGGCUGAUUUACAUAUAUCGCACGCAGGGAUUUGCCGGACUCUUCGCUGGCUACGGACCCAGGCUGUUCAAGGUGGCCCCCGCCUGUGCCAUAAUGAUAUCCACCUUCGAGUACAGCAAGUCCUUCUUCUUCUACUACAAUGUGCGGCAGCACAACGAGGCUCUGCUGCUGAACAACCCCGAUGCUAAGCUGGUGGAGGAGGACGACAUUGAGUAGCAGUUGUCUCCAUGGGAAUCCAUCC